AUGAAGAAGCUAAAGAACUAUUAUAUGCAUUUGAGGCACCCGCAAACAUUGGAGAGAAAAUGGAUCUUCCCAUUAGCCAUUGGCUCAAUAGUUUCUUUGUUUCUUUUGUUUUUGACCACCUUAACCUCGCCGGAUGGGAUGCCGCUGCUGCCACUUCAACGGUACUACUCCUCCGCCGCCGCCACGUCAAUUUUCGUUGAGUCGAAACUCCGCGCUGUUCCGAUUUCAACCCUGCCGCCGCCGCCGAUACUGGCUUAUUUGAUAUCCGGCUCAGCAGGAGAUGGCGGAAUGCUCCGACGCACCCUCCAGGCGCUUUACCAUCCCCACAAUCAGUAUGUGGUUCACCUAGAUGCAGAGUCCUCCGCUGAAGAGCGCCUCGAUCUGCACAAUUACGUGAAAACCCACCCCAUAUUUGUGAAAUUCAAGAAUGUUCGGAUGAUUGCCAAGGCUAAUUUGGUAACCUACCGCGGGCCCACGAUGGUAGCCAAUACACUGCAUGCGGCUGCCAUUUUGCUGAAGGAAGGUGGAGAUUGGGAUUGGUUUAUUAAUCUCAGCGCCUCUGAUUACCCACUGAUCACUCAAGAUGAUCUGCUGCAUACAUUUUCGCACUUGCCCAGAGAUCUUAAUUUUAUCGAUCAUACAAGUAACAUUGGCUGGAAAGAGUUUCAGAGAGCGAAGCCUGUCAUUGUUGAUCCAGGUUUGUAUAUGACAAAGAAAUCUGAUGUGUUCUGGAUUACGCAACGAAGAAGUGUGCCGACAGCAUUUAAACUCUUUACUGGAUCUGCUUGGAUGGCACUCUCUCGACCUUUCAUUGACUACUGUAUAUGGGGAUGGGACAACUUACCCCGAACUGUCCUGAUGUACUAUGCAAACUUUAUUUCUUCUCCAGAAGGCUAUUUCCAUACUGUAAUCUGUAAUGCUCCGGAGUUUCGGAAUACCACUGUGAACAGUGAUCUACACUUCAUAUCCUGGGACAAUCCGCCCAAGCAGCAUCCUCAUUUUCUUGACGUUGAUGACAUGCAAAGGAUGGUUGACAGUAAUGCUCCGUUUGCAAGAAAGUUUCACCGUGAUGACCCAGUGCUCGAAAGAAUUGAUUCUGAACUCUUGUUUCGGGGCAAAGACAUGCUUGUUCCCGGUGGAUGGUGCACAGGUAACAGGGAAAAUGGAACCGAUCCAUGUUCUACUGUGGGCAAUAUCACAAUCCUCAGGCCAACUGCAGGUGCAAACAGACUAGAAAAUCUGAUUGGCUAUCUUUUAUCAAACGACAAUUUCCGACCAAGACAGUGCAAAUAG